AUGGAAUUUGAAGAAUAUGAAAAAUUUGAGAUUGAACUAAAGAAAGAUUUAGAUAAUGAAAAUGAACUAAAAGAUGAUUUAGCUAAUGAAAAUGAUCAAGAAAAUACUAAUGAGAAUACAGAUAAAAAUAUAAAUGAAAAUACAA